GGCGGGGCCGGGCGGCGGGUGCCGGGGGCGGGCGGCUGGACGGCGGCUGGAGCCCGAGUCGCCGCCGGAGUCGCAGCCGGAGCCGCGGCGGGCGCGGACGAUGAGGCCAGCCGCGGACUCGGGAUCCUGAGCCCUCGUGAAGCCAGCAAUGACAAGUCUGGAUGGGCGCCAUGCCGAGAAAACCAGUGACAUGCCCAAACCGUCGGCCCCCCGAGUGCACGUGCAGAGGUCCGUGUCCCGCGACACCAUCGCCAUCCACUUCUCGGCGGCCGGCGAGGAGGAGGAGGAAGAGGAGGAGGAGUUCAGGGAGCAUUUUGGCGAGGGGCUGGAUGACCAAAGCAUUGUGACGGGCCUCGAAGCCAAGGAAGACCUUUACUUUGAGCCCCAGGGUGGCCAUGCCCCGCCCCGCCUGGCCGAUGGGGCGGCCCCCGCCACUCUGCCCGUCUCCGAGAACACUGUCAAGCUGCUGGAGACCCCUGCUCCGGCAGCCCAAGUAUUAAGUCCAGUGCCAGCAGGUCUGUCACCCGCGUCGUCUUCAUCGGGGCCCUUAGCUAGUUCCCCCAGUGUGUCUUCCCUUUCCGAGCAGAAAACCAGCUCCUCCUCGCCACUGUCCUCCCCAUCCAAGUCGCCUGUGCUCUCGUCCAGUGCCUCGUCCUCCGCCUUGUCCAGUGCGAAGCCCUUCAUGAGCCUUGUGAAGUCCCUGUCGACCGAGGUGGAGCCAAAGGAGUCCCCGCAGCCCUCCCGGCACCGGCACCUGAUGAAGACACUCGUCAAGUCCCUGUCCACCGACACCUCCAGGCAGGAGACGGACACCGUGUCCUACAAGCCCCCCGACUCCAAGCUGAACCUGCACCUCUUCAAGCAGCUCACGCAGCCGCGGAGCACCGGGGGGGACUCCAAAACCGCCCCGUCCUCCCCGCUGACUUCCCCCUCCGACUCGCGCUCCUUUUUCAAAGUGCCCGAAAUGGAGGCGAAGAUUGAAGACACGAAGCGCCGGCUCUCCGAGGUCAUCUAUGAGCCUUUCCAGCUCCUGAGUAAAAUCAUCGGGGAGGAAAGCGGCAGCCAUAGGCCCAAAGCCUUAUCUUCAAGUGCUUCCGAGCUCUCCAGCCUGUCCGGCCUGAACGGCCAUUUGGAAAGCAAUCACAGCUACAGCAUCAAGGAAGAGGAAUGUGACUCGGAGGGGGACGGCUCUGGGAGUGACCCCAGCAGCCCCCGCAACGACCCCCCAAAGUGCACUGAAGAGCCCCCCAGGGAGGCGGAAGUGAAGAGCUGCCAGGGGAGCAGCCUGAAGGACCUGGGCCUGAAAACCGGGUCUCUGGUCCUUGAGAAGUGCUCUCUGUCCGCCUUAGUGAGCAAGGAAGACGAAGAGUUUUGCGAGCUCUACAGCGAGGACUUUGAUUUGGAAGCAGAGGAGGGGAAAAAAGCCGACAAGCUCCCCGACCUCCCCCUCAAGCCCGAGGUGCUGGCGGAUGACGGGGCGGCCCUCGACAGCGACGAGGAGAGGGACUUGGUCCUGCAGCGCCCAGAGCUACCGGUCAAGACCCUGGGCUUCUUGAUAAUGUGUGUCUACGCGUACCUCAUCCUCCCCCUCCCUGUGUAUGUCAGCGGACUCUUUCUGGGAAUCGGGCUUGGAUUCAUGACUGCGGUUUGCCUGAUUUGGUUUUUUACACCACCAAGUGCUCACAAAUCUCACACAUUACAUAAAACUCAGCAACACUGGAACUCAAGAUCUCUGGAUAUCAAAGAACCGGAAAUGCUAAAGGGUUGGAUGAAUGAGAUUCACAACUACGAUCCAGAAACCUACCACGCGACUUUGACACAUUCGGUCUUUGUUCGGCUGGAGGGCAGCACUUUAAGACUUUCAAAGCCCAAUAAAAAUAUAUCCAGGAGGGCAAGCUAUAACGAGACAAAGCCAGAGGUCACCUACAUCAGCCAGAAAAUCUACGACCUCUCAGACAGUAAGAUCUAUCUUGUGCCUAAAAGUUUAGCUCGGAAAAGAAUCUGGAAUAAGAAGUACCCCAUUUGUAUCGAGCUCGGUCGACAAGAUGACUUUAUGGCUAAGGCCCAGACUGACAAGGAGUCUUCUGAAGAAAAGCUACCAGCUGAGAAAGAGCUGGGUGUGGAGGACCCUAAGAAACCAGCCCACCCUCAGGAGGGAACCCGGGCCCAGCGAGAUCAGAUACUGUAUCUCUUUGGUAGAACUGGCCGAGAAAAAGAAGAGUGGUUUUCAAGAUUCAUUCUGGCAUCAAAGCUGAAGUCGGAACUCAAGAAGCCACCUGGCGUCUCUGGAAGUAAACCAGGGGUUUUGCCCUCCCACAGCCGACACAGCAGCCCCUCGGGGCACCUCACCCACAGCCGCAGCAGCAGCAAAGGCAGCGUGGAGGAGAUCAUGUCCCAGCCCAAGCAGAAGGAGCUGGUGGGCAGCGUGCGGCAAAAGAUGCUUCUGGACUACAGCGUGUACAUGGCCAGGUGCAUCCCCCAGGAGAGCCGGAGCCCCCAGCGGAGCCCCGUGCAGAGUGCGGAGAGCAGCCCCACGGCCGGGAAAAAGUUGCCAGAGGCACCCCCCUUGGAGGAGGAAGAGCAGGAAGCCUGGGUGAACGCCUUGCUCGGAAGGAUGUUUUGGGACUUCUUAGGAGAGAAGUACUGGUCUGAUCUGGUGUCUAAGAAGAUCCAAAUGAAACUCAGCAAAAUAAAGCUUCCGUACUUUAUGAACGAGCUCACACUGACAGAACUUGACAUGGGAGUAGCUGUGCCAAAAAUCCUACAGGCCUUCAAGCCCUACGUGGAUCACCGAGGACUCUGGAUCGAUUUGGAAAUGUCCUACAAUGGGUCCUUUCUGAUGACUCUCGAGACCAAAAUGAAUUUGACCAAACUAGGUAAAGAGCCUCUUGUUGAAGUCCUGAAGGUUGGAGAAAUUGGCAAAGAAGGUUGCAGGCCCAGGGCCUACUGUCUGGCCGACAGCGAUGAGGAAUCCUCGAGUGCCGGAUCCUCAGAGGAAGAUGAUGCCCCGGAGCCCAGCACUGGAGAUAAACCGCUUCUUCCCGGGGCGGAAGGGUAUAUUGGAGGUCAUCGAACAAGUAAGAUUAUGAGGUUUGUCGAUAAAAUUACUAAAUCAAAAUACUUCCAGAAAGCAACAGAGACAGAGUUCAUAAAAAAGAAGAUUGAAGAAGUCUCAAACACACCCCUGCUGCUAACCGUUGAAGUACAGGAAUGUCGGGGAACCCUUGCGGUCAACAUCCCACCUCCCCCCACCGACCGGAUCUGGUACGGUUUCCGGAAGCCACCAUACAUAGAGCUGAAAGCUCGGCCAAAACUUGGAGAGAGAGAAGUGACUUUAGUUCACGUGACAGACUGGAUAGAGAAGAAACUGGAGCAAGAGUUUCAGAAAGUCUUUGUCAUGCCAAACAUGGACGAUGUUUAUGUCCCCUUAAUGCACUCGGCCAUGGACCCUCGCUCUGCAUCCUGCCUCCUGAAAGACGCGCCUGUGGAGGCAGCUGAUGAACUCUAAGGGGCGAGGCACUGAUGGUCCCAGUAUUCCGAUAUCUAGAGUGGGUGGCGCCCUCGGCCAUCUGCGCCUUAGCACUGGCCUCUCUUUGUGCCACAGCUUCUACCCUCUGCCCGCUGGUGCCCAUCCCACUGUGAGGUGUCACCCUGCACCCCGUUCGCACUGCCUGCCAGAGCUUUGACUGCAGGGAGGAGACUGGCCUGUCUGCCAGGUUAGGUCGCCACACGAAAGCACAUGAAGAGCAAAGCCGUACACCCAGAAGCUCCUCGGACUCAGCUCCUCCAAAGCUUUUCCUGACAGCAAGUGCACAAACGGUAUUGGGUUUUGGGAUGCUACCCUCCACUCUGGUGUGGCAGAGUGGGGUAGGGCAGGGAGUGGAAUGUUCUGGAUAAGUGAAAUCCACAAAGCAACUUUCUCAUAUUCAAGUGUGCAUUUUGGAAGCAGCCAUAGAACACACGUAAACACUAACUUGGAUGGGAACAGUGGGCAAAGCCAUGAGAUCAAAUCAUUCCAACAGGCCUUUUACCAAUGAGGUACCAUCACCUGGUCGCUAUUCCCAAAUGUUUUUCUGAGACUCGAGCAUUUGUGAAAAUGUCUAACACUGCACCUGGCAAGGGAAUAGGGGUGGGGACAUAAAGCCAAGCCAGUCUCCACCUGGCAUUUCCUCCGUGCAGUCGGCUUCAUAUGAUCUGGGAUGAUGCUGUGGGCAGUUUCCAUCUCUGAUGGUCAAAAGGGAAAACUAAUCACCAAGGUUGAGUCAAGACCCAAGUUUGCUUGACUUCAAACACUACAUUUAUCUCACAAUGUGUGACCUUUUCACGUUGCCAACUUUUGUGCAUUUGUGUCAUAAUGUAGUUUACAAAUGUGGGAGCUCCAGUCAUCCGAUUUGCAUUGAAGUAAAACAAAAUUCCUUUAGAACUGCAUUCAACAUCAGAAUUACCUUGGCUCUUUUGGUAAUUUACAUCUGUGGACAGCUAAUAGUGGUUUUUUUAAACAGCACCUUGCCUGAAUGACUUUAAAGAAAUUAAUAUAUUGAAAAAAGUAUAUUUGAACCCUUCCUUGAUUCUAAUUGUACCAUUAAAACAUGACUUAAAUCAACCGACCAUUC